AUGUUGUCAAUGUCUAUCCAUAUCGGGUUGCUGAGCGGGCAUGCCUGCAUUGUGGAGAUCAGCUCGGGCGAGUCUGUGGCGGAGCUCAGACGGAAGGCGCAACGCCAGCUGAGAAACGGAGUCAGUGCUCUUGUGGAUGCCUCCGGAAGGAUGUUGAAGGAGCACGAAUCCAUCAGCGAGACCGGCCUCUCCGAUGGUUGCAGAGUCACUGCUACCAUAAGCCACAUCAAGCUGAUGGGCACCAGAUUGUGCAAGGAGUUUGCUUUGAUCCGCCCGGACGGGACAGUGCUCACCUGGGGGGCCACACUCGGGCAAAAAAAACACAAGCCCCUACACGAAGUACAGCAUGUCGCUGCUUCAAUUGGGGCAUUUGCGGCAGUGCAGGCAGAUGGCAGCGUCAUCUCCUGGGGGGAGCCUUGGGCCGGCAGUGACAGCUCUUCCGUCCAGGGGCAGCUGCAACACGCGAGGACGGUGAGCGCCGCAAGCGCUGCGUUUGCUGCUGUCACCAACACCGGCACAGUCGUAACUUGGGGUGCGAAGAGUGCAGGGGGUGAUAGCCAGUCCGUCGCGCAACAGCUGACAGGCGUGGUGGAAGUUGUGUCAUCGUGGUCGGCCUUUGCUGCAAUACGAGACGACGGCUCUGUGGUGACUUGGGGUGAUGAAUAUCGCGGUGGGGAUAUCCGGCCAGUGCAGAACGAGCUGCGGAACGUGCGUCACGUGGCAGCCACCGCGAUGUCCUUUGCAGCACUUCGUCAGGAUGGCUGCGUGGUGACCUGGGGUGAGGAAUGGUCUGGUGGUGAUAGCUCGGAGGUCGCAGCUGACCUCGUACGUAUACGAGCCAUCGUAGCGUCACAUCGAGCUUUUGCUGCGAUCACGGCGGAGGGCAAGGUUGUGACCUGGGGAGAUGUGGACAGUGGCGGGUGUUGCAGCCGUGUUGAGCAUCGGCUACACUCCGUGCGCCAAGUUUGCGCGACGGACAAGGCGUUUGCUGCCGUGCGCGAGGACGGUCAAGUCGUCUCCUGGGGGCACGCUGCAUGUGGUGGCUGUAGCUCGCAAGUUCAGUCGCAGCUACAGAAUGUUACACAAAUUGCAGCUUCCAGGUUCGCUUUUGCAGCUUUGCGCUCCGAUGGAACAGUUGUUACCUGGGGUAAUCCACGUUUCGGCGGCGAUAGCAGCCUGCUGCAAACUUGUCUUACUGACGUGCUGGAAGUACAUGCGGCUCAGUGCGCAUUCUCCGCCCUGUUGGCAGAUGGAGAUGUCAUCACCUGGGGGGAGCUUCGGCAUGGUGAAGAUGUCGUGGAAUACCGCUGGCAGAGUCUAAAGGAUGUACAUAGUCUUCAGGUGGUUCCAGCUUUGCUGCUGCCUUAG